UAAAGAAAAAUUAAGUGUCCUGGGUUUUUUUUGUUUGUUUGUUUGUUUUUUUUCAAAGAAGACAGUGGCACCUUUGCCUGUCUCUUGUUGCCACAAACUGAGACUGUAGCCAUAGCACAUGGUGCUAAAAUGAUCAAUCAAACUCUGUUUAGGCAAGUGUCGGCAGAUUUAUUCCCUACUGGAAUGCUGCUUGUCAGGAAGUGGUAAGCUCAUAAAUGUCUUGCUAGUGUUGUUUGUUUGAAGUUCAGAGAAUCAUGUCUUUGCAGAGACUUUAUUUUUACUCUCAAAUCAUUUUUGCAUCCCUUGCUUCCCAAUAAUUUAUUUCAUAGGUGCGUCACUCGUUUUAAUUCUUCAGUAUGAUCGUGACACAAAUACUGGAACAUGUUUGUACGUUCAAUGCAGUUCAUUUAAAUUUCCCCAGCACAUAAUUUAUGGGUUUUAAUGUACCGCUGUCGUCACAGACGCUCAUUCACAAAGGCUCUGCUUUGUCAGCAGUGGCUUCUUUUAAAAGGUUAUCAGUACAUCUUCAUCAGAAGUGCUUGUGAUCAAAGAGAAAAUUUAGGGCAGCACAAUUGGGUGGCUCAAAUUACAUAGUACCAGUGGAACUGAAUAAAGGUGGUGGUAAAAAUGCACAUCUUCAUAAGCUGUUGUGGUUUAAAGCUGACGCGUGCAAAGCACAAUAACCAGUGUUUUAGUGCUUUGCAUCUAAAUUGCCCUUGUCACUUUACAAAUAGGGAUAAGCUUAGGACUUUGGACCUUUUCAUAGAUACCUUUCGUGUAUAUCGAGACAUAUUAUUCAAAACACUUUGAAACUAAAGAAUUUGAAAGAACUUCCGUACUAAACAAUGCAUGGAACAAGUGCUGUUAUAGUAUGGUUGUUGUUGUUCUUAGAGAAGGAAAUGAAUCCGUCCAUUUGAACUGAUUAAAGUGAUGAUGGGGAGGUUGUUCUUGGGACAUCCUCCGCCUACUGUGUUUUGUACCUCAUACCUCCUCCAGUAGCUGACAAUGCUGUGCUGGCUUGGCUAGUGACGAAACUGAGCGCUUUUGAAAGACCUGAUUUCACCACUUCACACUGCAGAAAAGGGAAGGACAUGAAUGCGUCUUCUCCAGAUUUCAGGGAAAACGUCUCCUGUUUAAUCUCCAAUAACACCGAUAACUUCAAACGCCUAGUGUACCCUGCAGCGUACAUAUUCAUUUUUGUCCUGGGACUUGCCGGUCACUCUUUAUCUAUCUGCGUCUUCUUCAGCCAAUGGAGGACCCAGAAGAGUUUAACUCCAGUCAGCCUGUUAAUGGUGAACCUGUUGGUGUCAGACCUGAUGCUGGUGUGCUCUUUGCCCUUCAGGAUCACUUACUAUGUGCUGAACUCUCAAUGGCUGUUUGGUCAAGUCGCCUGUCGACUCAUCUUGUACGUGUUUUAUCUCAAUAUGUACAGCUCUGUGUAUUUCCUAGUUGCCCUGAAUGUCUUGCGUUACCUGGCACUGGCGCGGCCGUACCUGUACAUACGCAUACAGACCCACUACGUCACGGGUAUCUUGUGUGGGCUCAUUUGGGUCUUGAUGGGUUUAGCCUGCAGUCCGCUGUUGUUCUCUAAGAAAAGUGAUGAUAAGAACAGUUCUCGAUGCUUGGAUUUGGCAGUGAACAGCGUGGACCAGUUGCUCCUUAUCAACAACGUUACGUUUCCAGUGGGCUUUGUAGUGCCCUUGGUGGUCAUCCUUUUCUGCUCUGUUUUUGUCGCAAAGAAUCUUUUGAGACCUAGUCCUGCGCUCGGUAGGACCAGACCUUGCAGGAAGAAGGCAUGCGCUCUGGUCAUCAUCAGCCUUGGGAUCUUUCUGGUGUGCUUUUUACCUUAUCACAUAGUGCGGACGAUCUUCUUAUCAGCUGAGAAGCAAGUCAAGAUGAAUGGAUACGGAGACUCAUGUGACUUUAUUUUGGUAGUCCGUAGGGCUGCCGUCGUAGCGCAUUGUUUGUGCACGGCUAACAGUUGUCUGGACCCUAUUCUUUUCUUCUUCGUUGGGGAAAAUUCCAGAUCUUUCUUCUCUAAAUGGACAGGAGGAAGAAAAAAUAGCGCCUUUGCUGCAGGGAGAAACCCAGAGCAGGAAGAGUUACAAAUAUUGCAGAAGUAAAUGAAACGAGGCUAAACAGAUAACAAAGAAGAGACCAGAAGUACCUCAUUCUUUUGGGUACUUCAUAAAUAGAUGUAUAAAAGGUCAUGUUUUGACUGACAGGCCUUUAUGGGCAUUUAAACUGACGGUGUUUAUAGGAAUAUUCUGGGUUCAUUGCAAGUUAAAUUUGAUUACCACAUCAAUUCAUUUUGACUUCAUUUGACAUUUUGACAUUUCUUUGGGACAAAUCUUCUGGGUUAUAAUGAGGCAAUGGAAGUUAAUUAGGCUAAUUUAACUAUAAUGUUAAAAAAUAGGUUUCUCACUGUUCUGGUAGUAUAGUCACAGGAUGUAAACAACAUGCAUGUGAACAUGAUUUUAGUGUGUGUAAAAAAUACUUAUUAACCUUUUCUGCGUAAAGAUAAAUUGAAUUGAUAAGACUUGAUAAGAAUUGAAUUGAUAAGACUUGUAUUUAUGGUCAAGAAAUUGACCAUAAAAGUUACAGGAACAACCUGACAGCUCAAAUAGGUUUUAACAAGAAUAAAAGUGCUUUAUAAAAUUUAAAGCUUUAAAUUCUCCAAAAAUUGGCCCCAUGUACUUCUACUACUAUGGUACAUUCAAGUCAUGUAAAAAGCAAUUGCUCUGUAAUUACGACUUGUCUGCUCGCAAAUACGAAUUUCGAGGAGAACUUGAACGUACCUUAACUGUCCUUACCAUAACCAUAAUAAAAAAAAAAUUUGGGGUGAUAAUCAACAGUGUUGGGGGUAAUGCAUUACAAGUAACUUGAGUUACAUAAUCAAAUUACUUUUUCAAGUAACUAGUAAAGUAAUGUUUUACUUUUUCAG